AUGCCAUUCUGCUCGUUCAGCCCUGCCCUCUGCUAUCCGCCCUCUAAGGGACCCGCCGGCAUGAAAGAGGCUAGCAAACCACACCCUUCGCUGGUGCCACCGCCAUCUUGUUGUUUUCUUCUCGGCCGGCCACGUGACAAGCCGCUACGGAAGCUCAGGUCCCGCCCCAACUUCCGGUCAGGCCGGUUCAAGCCGGCCGUGGCCUACAGACGCACGGCUGCCCCCUGGCGGCCGGCCGCUUCUGGACUCGGCCACUCUUCCGCCAUUUCGUUUCCGCUUUGCUGCACGUCCUCGCCGCCCUGCCGUUCGACUUUGGCGCCGCAGCCCAGGUUUCCUUGUGCAGUGCCCCUGCGUAUUCAGUUGUGUUCGGGAGGCCCUGGUAGAGGCACCGUGAAAGCAGUUCUGACGUCUGUGCUGUGGCUGGUCCUGAAAUGUCCCCACCAAUCCUUCACCGACGCAGGCACAGAUAAUACAGUCACUGCAUGGAGAAGUAUGCAGCAGGUUACCCCGACUGCUCGGUACCUGUCACAUUCUCCCACAGGUGAGUACUGUCUAACACCCACUUCCACAGUUUCUGAUGCAUAUACAAAAAAUUCAGAAACACAUUCUUAUGCCCACCUUGUUUUUAAAACUAUAACUAGUAUUUUCUGCCCUGACCAGCGUGGCUCACUUGGUUGAGCAUCAUCCCACAAAACAAAAGGUCACUGGUUCAAUUCCCAGUCAGGGCACAUGCCGUGGUCGAGAGUCCGAUCCCUGCUUGGGGCACUGUGUAAGAGGCAACUGAUGGAUGUUUCUUCUUGUCCCUUCUCUGUAAAAGUAAAUAAACUCUUAAAA